UCUCUUUGACACUUUGACUGUCACGUAAAAAAAACUGGGGACGCCGACCGCGGCGUAGCUAUUUUUUUAAGUCUAAACAAUUUUAAUAUUGCAGCGUCCUGCAAUCUCUUGUUUAAAUAGUGAGUAAGACAAAAUGGCAGACAAUUACGACAGCAAUAACGGGUUCAACAGCGGUGAUUUCAAGCGAAACUCUAACCAAGACCAGCACGACAAGAUGGAACAAGAUGGCGAGGACACUGCAAAGCUGAACGAAAAAGCCGGUGAAUACAUGCGGGAGCUGUUAAGUGAGAAGAUUAAAAUAGAUCAAACCAAGUUUCCUAUGUCCACGAAGCUCAUUGACCAAGAAGUGACUAGAGUACAAACUUCUGGAAGGAUACCGAGCAAGGACUUCAAAUAUGUGGACGUGUUCCGUGAGAAGCCGGUCAAGGUCGCUGUCAAGGUGCUGGUGCCCAUCAAGGAACAUCCCAAGUUCAACUUCGUGGGCAAGCUGCUGGGGCCGAAGGGCAACACCAUGAAGCAGCUGCAGGAGGAGACCAUGUGCAAGAUGGCCGUGCUGGGCCGCGGCUCCAUGAGGGAUCGACGUCAAGAGCAGGAGCUCCGCAACUCUCUAGACCCGAAGUACGCCCACCUGUCCGACGAGCUGCACGUGGAGAUAUCAGCCCUAGCGCCGCCCGCGGAGGCCCACGCCAGGAUCGCGUACGCCCUGGCCGAGAUCAAGAAGUUCCUUGUACCCGACCCCCCGGAGAUGAUGGGCGGGCGACCACCCAUGAUGAGGGAUAUGCCGGAGAGGCCUCCGGGUAAAUGGAUGCAUGCAGGCGGCCCCCGCGGCCCCCCUCGCAUGCCGCCGGGCCCGCCGCCCGCGCGCCCGCCGCCCUCGCGCGCGCCGCCCAAGAGCAAGGUGUUCAGCAUCCUGGACCGAGCCAGGUCCGCCAUGGAGACGUAUCCUGGAGGGUACGAUGACCCGUAUGGCGCUGUGGAGCCGCCGCCGGUCCGCGGCCCCCCACCACGGCCGUCGCACGAGCAAGACUACUACGGCUACGAGCGCGAACGCUACUACGAGGACGAAACCGCCUACUACAAGGACGAGGGCCCUCGCGAGUACAAGGCGUCAUCCCGUGACGUGGGCACCCGCCGCGCGCCGCCGCAGCCGCGCCACUUCGCGCGCGCCUCGCCCUACUCGAGACCACCCAAGUAGUGACGCGUUGUAGUGGUGGGAGGUCCUCCGCAGGGGGGUAAGAAGCCCGCUCACCGCGGCCAGCACUAGACCUCCGGUAAGUAUGCGUCUACUAGGCUCAGGGACGACACAAAAAAAAAACAUAAAAACAAAAAAAAACGAGCCAACUAAUUUACCUUUUAAUUCUUUAAAGUACACGAAAAACUAAUGUUAAUGUCCAAAACUUAAAAAGAUCUAAAUGGUCACUAAUCUAAACACUAAGUUUUUCUGGAAAAGCAAUAUGUUUUUCGAAACGAUGCAAGAUUUAGUUUUACCAAUGUUGCAAGCACUUGCAAUUUAGUUUUUUAGCAAACAAAACGUAAACGUUCUAUCUUUUUUAAUGUGUUAGUGGUUUAACUAGAUGUUAGUUUUAUAAUAAUUAUUAAUUGACAAACAAAAUAUUGGUCAGAAAUAAAAUUCUAUUCAAUACACACGACACUGUAGCGUGAGUUAAAUGUGUUUUGUGACUGUUUCACAGUAGAGACUUGCAUAGUUUAAUAAUGAGCAAACAUUUCUCUAAAAAUCCUAAAGAAUGUAAUAAUUUAGGAAAAUCUUCAACAUGUUUUGACUAAUCCUUUCAGAUACAUAAACAUCAAAUUAAAAUCUUACUACAAAAUCCGAGAUCAGGUCAAAAACCAUAUAAAUAUCAACAAAAUGUUAUGUUCUAAAUAAAAAAAAACCUGGUCUCACUCUAAAGGUAUUGAAACAUGUUGAAUAAAUUUGAUUUUAGAUGUUUAAAAUGUAUUCGAUCCAUGUGUGACUGUAAUAAAUAAAUAAUUUACGUUCAAA